AGUUGAUUGUACCAUUAAAUUUACCGUCGUGGCGCUACAUGCAUCGGUUUACAAAGUUAAACACAAUCUUUUUUGGAAGGCGUUAUUUCGUGGAGUAGUUUGAAAUCAGCUAUAGGUACCCUGCUUGAUAAUUUAUUAGGUAGUAUGGCAAGGCAAGCGCUCUCGUUUUGUUAGUUUUGUCUACGACAACACAGCGCACUGAAUUUGAAACGGAACCUUCGCAAGCCUGAUAACGUAUGCUAAGUACCGUUAGCAACACCCAUCAGCUAGCUAGCUAAAUAUAACAUUAAGUGCUGCUGAGGUUAUCUAGUUCACAUAUUAGCUAGAUAUCAUGAAGAAGGUAGUUGUCACUGUAUCUUUCUUAGUUUUAAUUAUUUUCAUUUCACACGUUGAAGGAAACGGAGGUUUCUCCCAUGCAGACUGUACCCAUGUGAAGGGAGACUACGACGCUACAUAUUAUGGCAGUCGGUGCUUUUGUUAUGGUGGAUCAGGAAUCAAAUUGAUAGACUACUGGUCCACCUUCCAGGUCCGUGUGAGAAGUGACGAAGAUGUCUUUAUUGUGUACCCAGUGGAGGACAAAAAUUGUCAUGAUCCUGGAAAUCUACUAGCGCUACUAACAUGUCUGAUGGAACACUAUUGGCCCUCCAGGAUACAGAAAGAGAAGGUCCUGGACAUUCCACUUGUAGACGAGGAUGUUUUCUUCAUGACAAAGUCUCCCAGGGCUAGCGCAGAGUAUACACUCCAUGUUACAAAACAGCGGUUUAAUAGGAUGCGCUUUUUCCUCUUUCUCUGUGGACUCAUGCUGUUCUCUUUUGCUGGAACCAUAUGUAGGAGUUCUUUGUUUUUCUACAUCUCAGGGAUCUCUCUGGGAAUAGUUUCAAUUUCAGUCUUUCUGCUUUUGGUCCUGAAAAGAUUUGUGCCAAAGAGAGGACUUUAUCUUGUAUUGUUUGGUGCUGGCUCCAGCCUGUCCUACCUGGGUAUCAAGAAGGUGAUAAACGAUUGGGAUGAGAUCACAAGGCUCUACUGGAAGGAAGUCCUGGGCUACCUGCUGAUCUCUGGCUUUGUCAGUUUUGCUCUGUGCUACAGACUUGGGCCCAUCACCAGCAGGAGCACGCUGAACCUGAUGACCUGGGCUCUGCAGGCUGGGGCAUUGAUGAUGGUGUGGCUCGGAGUCACCUACGCACCUGCAUCUUGGUCAUGUCUGACUUUGCUACUGAUCAUUAAAGUCCUGCCUCUGGUGUAUGCCAUCCUGCUCGGGACAUGGAGACACAUGUGCUGGCUGCUGUGCUGUCUUCUGGGCCUCUUCCGGAGGAGGAGCCCCUCCAGACGCAGGCUGCUGACAGAGGACGAGUACCGUCAGCAGGGUGAGAGACACACUAAGGCUUCCCUGGAAGAACUCAGGAAGCACUGCACCAAACCUGGCUUCCCUGCAUGGGAAACUGUUCUAAAACUCCACUCACCACAAAGGUUUGCCACAUUCCUGCAUGGUGGUUCUCACAUUAGCACAUUGGAGCAACAGAACCACGAGCAGUGCUACAGGCCUGGAACAGAGUGGGCUGACAACGGGCUCCUGGACUCAGGCCAGAUGACACCCACCUCUGAGGACCUCAGCAAAGAUGAACUUGAUUCAUACUCACACAACCAAGCAAGACUUGUCCCCUCCCACCUCACCCCUGCCCUACCGAGUUCUGCCCCACCCACCUGCCCCAACCCUCUUGUCUCCUUUACUCCACUGCUAGAGUCACCCUUCACAGACAACGACGAUGAUCCUUUCUGAUGGAAAGCAGGUGGUCUCCAUCACUGAUUGAAGAGUGUAGCUCUCAGAAACACAGAUAUAGUAUCCUCAGUACUGUAUAUCUAGCGGGUGUUUUUCUGCACCUAUUUUAAAAUCAUUUACACUGAAAUACUCUGGGAUGUUGGCUUUUCAGCAACAUUUUUGAGCUUGAGUUCUCAGUCUUGGCCUGAGGCGUUAUUUAUAUUUAGCACUGAGUAUACUGCUGUUUUGUAUAAAUAUUAACACUGGCUCUGAAUGGCAUGUUUAAUGUACUCUCAGGUAUAUCAGAAUCAUGAGCCUGUUUUUGGUAUUCAGGCAAAUACUGCCCUCCAGUGUUUGGUUGUGGAAUAAUCGCCCAGACUCCAAUCAAAUGGGAGUGGACUGAAACUGCCUGCUAUCCUUAACGUGCUAUAGUCCACGUCAUGUCACAUUUGAUGUAAAGCCAUACAUAUCCAUUUUAAAACGUUUUUGAGUAGAUACUUUUAUAUAUUUUUUAUGCUUUUAAAUGUUCACUUUUUAAAUG